ACCAACGUCAGCUGCAGAGGGGUGGUCUUUCGUCCACGCUUGGUUGGUUAAACGUAAACACCUCGACCGAACAAAGAUAGCGCAGCCGCUAACGUUACGUUGCUUUUAAAAAUUAAGGGAAAGAGGCGCCGUGUAGCAGACGCGUUUCCGGCCGAUUCCUUUGGGGUCUGUCACCCCUCCUACACCACGGUUGGGAAAUUCCCUCCACAUGUAUAGUGAUUUGUGAGCGGUAGGGAGCCCGAUGGGGUUGAGUUCGCAGCUCGGGAUUAUGUGCUAGACUGGCGAGCGCAGUAGAGGAAUAAAAGCUAGAGCUAUAUGGAAGAAGGUUUCUUUGGGAAUACGCGGAUUAUCGUCACCAAGAAGAGUCGGGCGCUGGGGCUGCUGUGUUUGUGUGGUGUGAUUGUGUGUUGAUCCAGGAGAAACAACUGGUUUGAAACAGUUGUGAGUCAGGUCUGAUUGUGUGUGUGUGUGUGUGUGUAUGUAUGUAUGUGUUUUUUUUAUGUGUGUGUGUCUGAGUUAUCUGAUCCCAUCGUGACUGGGAGGUACUCAGGGGUGGAGCUCCAGUGAGGGGCACAAAUCUACAGGCUGCAGCCUCUCAAACAUGAGCAAACUGACUUUCCACAAUAACAAGACGAUGCAGGACCGCCGGUGUGUGUGUUUGUUCCUCCCGAAUGAUGAAACGCUCAAUGUAAUAGUCAGCGUUAAGGCUGUGUGUCAGGAGUUGUUGGUGCAGGUCUGUGAUCUGCUCAGGUUGAAGGACUGCCACCUGUUCGGCCUCAGUGUUAUUCAGAACAAUGAACACAUAUACAUGGAACUGGGACAGAAACUGUCUAAAUAUUGUCCAAAAGAGUGGAAACGGGAAGCUAGCAAGGGAAUUGACAAGUUUGGACCUCCGAUGAUUGUUCACUUCAGAGCACAGUAUUAUGUUGAAAAUGGCAGACUUAUCAGUGAUCGCGUGGCACGGUAUUAUUACUAUUGGCACUUGCGGAAGCAGGUACUGCAGUCUCAGUGCAUCCAGAGAGAGGAGGCUUAUUUCCUUCUGGCUGCAUUUGCGCUGCAGGCUGACCUGGGAAACUUCAAACGGAACAAACACUUUGGUGCCUAUUUCCAGCCGGAAGCAUAUUUUCCCUCUUGGGUAAUUGCGAAGAGAGGAUGUGACUAUAUUCUCCGUCAUAUUCCAAACAUGCACAAAGAGCAGUUUGCUCUUACGGCAUCAGAAGCCCAGCUGAAAUACAUAAAGGAAGCUGCACUAUUGGACGACGUGACUGUUCAUUAUUACCGCCUUUACAAGGAUAAGAAAGAGCUGGAGGCUUCUUUAACUCUGGGACUGACCUUACGUGGGAUUCAGAUUUUUCAGAAUGUGGGAACUGUCAGGCAACUCUUGUAUGAUUUUCCCUGGACCAACGUGGGGAAACUAGUGUUUGUGGGGAAGAGGUUUGAGAUUCUUCCUGAUGGUUUGCCUUCAGCCAGGAAGCUCAUCUACAAUACAGGCUGUCCUCUGCGCUCACGACACCUCCUACAGCUACUCAGCAACAGCCACCGAUUGUAUAUGAACCUACAGCCUGUGCUGAAACAGGUUCGACGACUGGAGGAAAAUGAAGAAAAGAAGCAGUACAGGGAGUCAUAUAUCAGUGAUGCUCUGGAGGCGGACAUGGAUCAUUUGGAGCAGCGUUCGCGUGCCAGCGGCAGCAGUGCAGGCAGCACGUCACGACCCAAUCCCUUUUCACGACACUCCACCACAAGUCAUGGCAGCUCCCGUACAUCCGGCAUCGACACUGACAGUUUCCGAACACCUACGAACACACCCCACCGACCGCUGAGAACACACUCAUCUUCCAACACCAGUCAUGCCAGCACACACACGUCUGGCAUCGAGAGCAGCAGCAAGGAGCACUGCCUGGAUGAGGACGAGAUUGAGAUGUUGGUUGAUGAUCCGAGAAGUUGUGAAGAUCUUCACGAUUUAGAUCUCAACCAGGAGCUGUGUAUUCAUAUCACAGAGGACAUGCUGUCAGCACAGAACAACGGAUGCUCCGGGUUAGUGGUGAAGGAAGUCAGUUCUUCCACAUCCAGCUCAUCAGAGACCGUAGUGAGAAUGAGGGGUCAGAGCAUCGAAUGUCUUCCCCAGAUGGCGAUGGGCAGGAAGGGCCAGAGCUCCACAGACCGGCACAGCCAAUCACUUGAUGAUGUUCGUCUGUUCCAGAGGAACUGUCAGGAGUGGGCGGAGCUUUGCCAGGACACCGCACAUAGCUAUACGUUCGGCUGCGAGCCAGACCUCGGGGACACGGUCGGCUGUGGAUACCAGGGACUUGCAGAUCAGUGCGCUGGCAUCCGGAAUAACCAACAUGCAUUUCCCAUCAAGAGAACCAGCAAGUAUUUUUCUCUGGAUCUGGACAGAGAAGAUCUGACCACAGAACACUUGACCACAGAAGCAGAACCAGAGUUUGUGGUGUAAGGCAGAGAGAAUUAAAAAGAGCCCCAGAACAAAUUAAAAGGAUAGUAAACGGAAAAACAGAAAUUCUGUUAUUUACUAACUGUCACGUUGUUACAAACCCAGCUUGCUUUCUUCUGUGGAACACAAAAAAAUUCUGAUGACUGUGCUGGUUGCACUUUUUCAUGCUGGUACAAUAAAAAAGGAUGGAAAAAAGUGCCAUAAAAGUAAUUUUCUGUGCUAUAGACCUUAGUCAGGGUAGUGACAUUUUAUUUUGACAGGAAUGAAAAUGAGGUUGCAAGGGAUAAAAGUACAGUAUGUUCAAUGGACUGUACUCUUAUUUAAUAACAUUCAAAAGGACUUUUAAAAGACAAAAACUUUUAAAAGUUGUGAGAUCUAGGACAUUUAUACAGUGUUCCAUUGUGAAAGUCUAACACUUACAGCCUCGUUUUCAUCCAUGUCUACCCAAAAAGUAAAUUCAGUUAUCAUUUACACACUCUAAUAUUUUUCCAAACUUGUAUGCAUUUUCUUCCCUUCUGCUGAUCACAAAAGAGGAUAUUUUGAAGAAUGUUGAUAACCAAACAGUUUUGGUUCCUAUUGAUUUC